UGCCCGCAUUCGCCACCCUGUUCAAUUUUGUUUGGGUUUGAGGCCAGACAGAGGAGUCAUUAAUUUUAAACAAAGGACCACGCUUCAGGACAUUCAUCCCGGGUCAGACAAAGCCGCCACACGCUUUCCCCGCGGUCGAGUGAAAGUUUCUCGCCUUGUCGCCGCUUAACAUCCGAAGCGACCGGACAUGAACAAGCGCAACCAUAUCCGCCUGCCGCCAGAGGUGAAUCGGCUAUUGUACGUGCGGAACCUGCCGUACAAAAUCACCUCGGACGAGAUGUACGACAUAUUCGGCAAAUUUGGAGCUAUUCGACAGAUACGCGUAGGCAACACUCCGGAAACGCGUGGCACCGCCUUUGUCGUCUACGAGGACAUUUUCGAUGCCAAGAACGCCUGCGACCAUUUAUCCGGUUUCAAUGUGUGCAAUCGCUAUCUGGUGGUGCUCUACUACCAAUCCAACAAGGCCUUCAAGCGCGUGGACAUGGACAAGAAGCAGGAGGAACUGAACAACAUUAAGGCCAAGUACAAUCUGAAGACGCCGGAGGCUCCUUAGAACCCGCACUCGAUGCGGCAGGCGGGGAUGGGGCAGAGCCAGACAUUGGGCCCCACCAGAUGACGCCCCCACUUCCAUCGACCAUUUUCCAUUGUUUAGGGAACUUCUUGCUCUACUUAUGUGUAUACCAAAUUUUUGCUAUCUACUUGUAGAUUUUUUUGAUCGCAUUUUGUAUCAUUUUAAUCUAAUCAUUAUCAUCCAUCCAUCACUCCAUCUAUCAUAUAAAUGGCCGGACAUCGCGGAGUGCAGCCAUUUGAGCCCGGUUCCGGCUGUUUGCAAUCAUUUGACGACAUUAAGACACUCUCUCAUCAAAAUAACAAGCAAGUGAAAGUAAAAAUAAAAAAAAAA